UCUUUCCAGCAUGUUGUGGCAGGGCAGCCAGGCGCUCCGGCGCUUCUCCACCGGCCAGGUUUAUUUCAAAAACAAGCUGAAGGUGGCACUUAUUGGUCAGAGCCUCUUUGGACAAGAAGUCUACAGCCACCUCUGCAAAGAGGGCCACCGAGUUGUGGGAGUGUUCACAGUUCCAGAUAAGGAUGGAAAAGCUGACCCACUGGCUUUGGCUGCAGAGAAAAAUGGGACCCCUGUGUUCAAGUUCCCUAGAUGGAGAGUCAAGGGCAAGACCAUAAAGGAGGUGGCAGAGGCCUACAGAUCUGUGGGUGCUGAGCUAAACGUGCUUCCCUUCUGCACACAGUUCAUCCCCAUGGAUGUAAUUGACAGCCCUAAGCAUGGUUCCAUCAUUUAUCACCCAUCUAUCCUUCCCAGACACAGAGGAGCCUCUGCUAUCAACUGGACUCUAAUCAUGGGAGAUAAGAAAGCUGGGUUUUCUGUUUUCUGGGCUGAUGAUGGUUUAGACACAGGACCCAUCCUCCUCCAGAGGUCGUGUGAUGUCGAACCCAAUGAUACAGUGGAUGCACUUUAUAAUCGAUUUCUUUUUCCUGAAGGAAUCAAGGCCAUGGUGGAAGCUGUCCAGCUCAUAGCCGAUGGAAAAGCUGCUCGCAUGCCCCAGUCAGAAGAAGCUGCAACAUAUGAAGGUAUCCAGAAAAAGGAAAAUGCUGAGAUCUCUUGGGAUCAAUCUGCUGAAGCUUUACAUAACUGGAUCCGAGGUCAUGAUAAAGUCCCUGGAGCUUGGACAGAGAUAAAUGGACAGGUGGUCACUUUCUACGGCUCAUCAUUACUGAAUAGCUCCAUCCCUCCUGGAGAACCACUGGAAAUUAAAGGUGCCAAGAAGCCCGGUCUUGUUACCAAAAGCGGCCUUGUUCUUUUUGGUAACAAUGGAAAAGCACUGAUGGUGAGAAAUCUGCAGUUUGAAGAUGGAAAAAUGAUUCCUGCCUCUCAGUACUUUUCAGCGGGUGAGACAUCAGUGUUGGAACUUACAGCAGAAGAGGUGAAGGUGGCGGAGACCAUCAAGGUCAUCUGGGCUGGAAUUUUAAGCAACGUCCCUGUUAUUGAAGAUUCAACAGACUUCUUUAAAUCUGGAGCAAGCUCAAUGGAUGUUGUCAGGCUGGUUGAAGAGAUAAGACAGAAAUGUGGAGGACUUCAGUUACAGAAUGAGGAUGUUUAUAUGGCCACCAAGUUUGAAGACUUCAUCCAAAAAGUCGUGAGGAAACUGAGAGGAGAAGAUCAGGAAGCGGAGCUAGUGGUGGAUUACGUUUCAAAGGAGGUCAAUGAAAUGACAGUAAAAAUGCCAUAUCAGUGUUUCAUAAAUGGACAGUUCACAGAUGCCGAUGAUGGAAAGACUUACGACACCAUCAACCCAACAGAUGGAUCUACGAUAUGCAAAGUAUCCUAUGCCUCUUUGGUGGAUGUUGAUAAAGCAGUGGCAGCAGCCAAAGAUGCUUUUGAAAAUGGUGAAUGGGGAAGAAUGAAUGCACGAGAAAGAGGAAUAUUGAUGUACAGACUGGCAGACCUACUGGAAGAGAACCAAGAAGAGCUGGCAACCAUCGAAGCCCUCGAUUCAGGGGCUGUCUACACCUUGGCUCUGAAGACUCACAUUGGAAUGUCUGUGCAAACAUUCAGAUAUUUUGCUGGCUGGUGUGACAAAAUUCAAGGUUCUACAAUUCCCAUCAACCAGGCCCGUCCAAAUCGCAAUCUGACCUUCACCAGGAAGGAGCCACUUGGUGUCUGUGCUAUUAUCAUCCCCUGGAACUACCCACUGAUGAUGCUGGCGUGGAAGAGCGCCGCGUGCUUGGCAGCAGGCAACACCUUAGUGCUCAAGCCGGCGCAGGUCACGCCCUUGACUGCUUUGAAGUUUGCAGAGCUCUCUGUUAAAGCAGGCUUUCCAAAGGGGGUAAUCAACAUCAUUCCAGGCUCAGGUGGCAUAGCAGGACAGCGCCUUUCUGAACAUCCUGAUAUCCGCAAACUUGGUUUCACUGGUUCCACUCUGAUUGGCAAACAGAUCAUGAAGAGCUGUGCUGUGAGCAACCUGAAGAAAGUUUCCCUUGAACUUGGUGGCAAAUCCCCACUUAUAAUAUUCAGUGACUGUGAACUUGACAAGGCCGUACGAAUGGGCAUGGGAGCAGUGUUUUUCAACAAAGGAGAGAACUGUAUUGCAGCUGGUCGGUUGUUUGUGGAAGAAUCCAUCCAUGAUGAAUUUGUGACAAGAGUGGUGGAAGAAAUUAAAAAGAUGAAAAUUGGUGAUCCACUUGACAGAUCUACUGAUCACGGGCCCCAAAAUCAUAAGGCCCAUCUGGAAAAGCUCCUGCAGUACUGUGAAGCCGGAGUGAAAGAGGGGGCCACAUUGGUGUACGGAGGAAGACAAGUCCAAAGGCCAGGCUUUUUUAUGGAACCUACUGUCUUCACAGAUGUGGAAGACCACAUGUAUCUUGCCAAAGAGGAGUCAUUCGGGCCUAUUAUGGUCAUUUCUAAAUUCCAAAAUGGGGACAUCGAUGGAGUAUUGCAGCGAGCAAAUAAUACAGAGUAUGGCUUGGCCUCAGGGGUUUUUACGAGAGACAUAAAUAAAGCUAUGUAUGUGAGUGAAAAGCUAGAGGCAGGAACUGUUUUUAUUAACACCUACAACAAGACGGAUGUGGCAGCCCCUUUUGGUGGAGUUAAGCAGUCUGGCUUUGGAAAAGACUUAGGUGAGGAAGCUCUAAACGAAUACCUCAAAACCAAGACCGUGACGCUGGAAUAUUAG